AUGCCUACCAAUGUCUUGUUCAACCACGAGCCCUCUCCCACUGCUGAGAUGAGCCUAAUUCGACUCCCAGAAACCUUGCCUUACAACACUACUCCGCAUAUGGUUCCAGACUCAGAGAAAUGGACUACCUGGGUUUAUCGGCAUGAAGCCGCAUACCCGGAGAUUGUUCGGUCAAUGGCUGACGAGUGCGACCUUUACUUGUACCGAGGUGUGUUGUAUAACGUACCGGUUAAGCCAGCACCAUCCCCACCAUAUUAUUGUGUCACACGCGGACGAUACAUUGGAAUUUUUAAUCAUUGGAAUGAUGUCAUGGAAAGUAUCAAUGGCUAUUCGACCACAGUUUUUGCGGCCACUUCGCUUGACGUUGGGGUAGACCUUCUCUACCUUAGUAUUGACCAAGGAAGAGUGGUGCUUUACUAUAACUAG